UAAGGUUAUGUUUCUAGUUUCAAUUAGGUUUUGUUAUCACCAAGUUAUCACUUAUCAGUAUUCAGGUUUUAGUCAAUACCAUUUGGUUAUUUAUCAUGCGAAGAGAUUGUAAUGUAUAGAUAUGCGGAAAUAAAUGUGUUUUAUAGUAAUUGCUCAAUUUAUAACAGAAGUGGAUAAUCAAUAAAACAUUUGUUUUUAAAUUUUAACCAAUCAAGUGUUAAAUGAAUAAUCGUUUUUAAUAUUUUUCCUUGUUUUAUUGUAUAUAAUAUACAAUGUCUUUGGUGGAAAAUGAAUGGUUUAUUCAAGCGCCAUGGGGCAAAAUAUGCAUUGUCGCUUGGGGUGAUUGUAUGGAUCCUCCUGUUCUCGUCUGUCAUGGCAACAUAGAUUCGGCUGCCAGUUUUAGACCACUCAUAUCAUUAUUACCAAAAAAGUUCUAUUAUGUCGGUAUGGAAUUACCGGGGAACGGGAAGUCGGACCCAUUCCCUCCAGGAGUGUUGUUUAGCUCUCACGACAUACUUUAUUCAAUAGUGGUGGUUGUUCGACAUUUCCGUUGGGAGAAAUUUAUCUAUCUCGCACAUUCCUUCGGCAGUAGCUUGGGCAAAAUGUACGCAAUGGCAUUCCCUGAUAAGCUGACGAAAAUAAUUGAAUUAGAUCCGAUUACAGUAAACGGAGUUAUGGAUCAUGAAAACUACGCAAAAUGGUAUCAGAGAUCUUAUCACGAAUAUGUUCAAAAUUAUAAAAAAUAUAAUCUACCUAAGGAAUAUGGACCCAAAUAUAAACAUGAAGAGGCUGUGACUAAAUUGAUAAAAAAUAGACACUUAACUAAAGAGACGGCGGAAGCAACGCUAGAGAGGUGGUCAGAGCCAACAGGAGAUGGUCAUAUCCGAUUCACGUUCGAUCAACGUUUAAAAAUAUUCGUCCAUUAUCAAAUAUCAGAGGAAUUAGCUAAAAAAUUAUACACAAAUAUAAAAAUUCCCACACUAGCUAUACUUACCGAUGUAUCUAUUGAUAGAGGGUUGUUUAAAACGACGCCAUUUUUUUUAGACGAAAAAGCUUACCCCGCGGGUAAUUAUAGAUUCAGAAUUGUCUCUGGUUAUCACGACGUUCAUGUCGUGAAACCAGAGAUUCUAGCACCUUAUGUAUGUAACUUUUUAUUAUACGGACUUCAAGGUUUAGAUAAUAAUGCCAAAUUGUAAUUUUUUUAAUACAGCCUAAGGCAAAAUUCGAUUUUUUUACCUUUAGCAUUUAAAGUCACGUGACCAGUUAUCUAUGAAAAAUUGUCGUCCAAGUUUUUACCCAAAGGUUGUAAACCACUGAUUUAAAACAUUUAUAUUAGAAAAAAUAUUUAUUUUUAUAUUGAACAUGCUUCAUAUAUACUAAUAUAAUAAA